GUCUUCAUUGAAUGAAAUCGUCCCAACCUCAUUCAGUAUAGAUGAUUAUGAUUACUGAAUAACUGCAACUUGAAUGUAAACAAAACUAUAAAAUAUGUUUUAUUGCAUCUUCGUCACAAUUCUCUUACUCAAAAAGCGAACAAAUUAUGGAAUGCAAAAAGGUUUUUCAUCAGUUGUCGAAUAUGCGUUGACGCUUUAGAACGUCUGUCGGUGUGACUCCAUAAAACGUAUCCAAAUUUUACACUUUUACAUAAAAAAAAUAGGAAGGCAAAAAAUGUCAGAGCCUACUACUACCGAAAGUCUGCCAAAGACUGCUGUGACUUAUAUGUGUGGUGAAUGCGAAUACGAAACUAUAAUUCAUCCUGGAGAUUCAAUUUAUUGCCGAGCAUGUGGCCAUCGCAUUCUGUACAAACUACGUACCAAAAGAGUGACCGUGUUUGAUGCUCGAUAAACAUCAGGGCUGUUAUCAGGACUCGAAAUUGGACCUCAUGCAUAUAUUCAUGCACAAAAUAAAUA